CUAGCCUGCGACGCGAACAGUUAACCUCGCUCCUUUCGGAGGCAAUAACCCAGCGACGAGCGCGACAAACCAAUCGUUGCUCGCACCACGACACACCCUUUCAAUGCUCGUUUCGUUUAUUUUUGCGAAAAUCCUGGCGAGAUAGUGGCUAAUAAAAAAAAUACGCUUUACGUUUAUCUCAUUGUCGACCAAUAGGAUUUUGAUGUUCGUCGGCCUAUAACCAAUUUUAAUUGCAACAGUAUGACAGAACAGCAAAUGGAUUGUGCUCUAGAUUUGAUGCGGAGAUUGCCUCCACAGCAAAUUGAAAAAAACCUCAGCGACCUGAUUGAUUUGGUUCCUUCGCUAUGCGAGGAUCUAUUGUCCUCUGUAGAUCAACCAUUAAAGAUCGCCAAAGAUAAAGAGUCUGGCAAAGAUUAUCUUUUGUGCGACUACAAUAGAGAUGGAGAUUCAUAUAGGUCUCCUUGGAGCAAUACUUAUGAUCCACCAUUGGAAGAUGGCUCAAUGCCUUCUGAACGAUUGAGGAAAUUGGAAAUAGAUGCUAAUCAUGCCUUUGAUCAAUAUCGGGAACUUUAUUUCGAAGGUGGAGUCUCGUCGGUGUACUUAUGGGAUUUGGAUCAUGGCUUUGCAGCAGUAAUUCUUAUCAAGAAAGCUGGCGACGGUUCUAAGAAGAUCAAAGGAUGCUGGGAUUCGAUACAUGUUGUAGAGGUUCAGGAGAAAUCAACUGGUCGUACUGCUCAUUAUAAACUCACGUCGACGGCCAUGCUAUGGUUGCAAACUAACAAGCACGGUUCUGGUACGAUGAAUUUAGGUGGUAGUCUGACACGUCAGGUAGAGCAGGACGCUCAGAUUAGUGAAACGUCCCCUCAUAUCGCAAACAUUGGCAGAAUGGUGGAAGAUAUGGAGAACAAGAUUCGUAACACGUUAAACGAGAUUUACUUUGGGAAAACAAAGGACAUUGUGAACGGGCUGCGGUCCGUACAAUCUUUGGCUGAUCAAAGACAGCAGGCCGCGCUCAGGCAAGAUCUCGCGGCGGCACUGCAGAGGCGAAAUGCUAACAAUUGAUCUUGCGAACAGCAGGAAAGUUUCGAUUACGAUUACGAAUAGAUUUGGUAUUUUUGUGGAUCCUUUCAUCCUGCUUGGGAUCUUUCGAUUUUCAUAGCCUUUAUAUUUUUAGAAUCCGCGAGAUUCUUUAAAAUUCUGAAUUUUUUGCGACGGUCUUCGAGUUCUUUCCCGAUAAGUCUUGAGAUCUUGUUGGACUCUUGGGAAUUUUAACUGCUGCGACUUGGGCCUUUUCCAAGUCUCAGGUCGUAUCUAUAGAACUCGUAAAAUAUUUCGGAAAUCAUUGUCUAUCGGAAGUGAUACUUAUUACUGUACUUUGUUGCCCUAAAGAGAUACGAAUCAAUCACAGACGCGUUGAUUAAACCUAAACAGUAUGAAAUACUUUGUUUAAUUUAGAAUGAAAUAGAGUUUAUUGUAAAUAUGCGGGAAAGGUGCAACGCGUUUUAGAACGAUAAAUUAGAUAAAGAACAAUGUAAAAUGCAAAAGAGAGUGAAUUAUUAUAAUAAUAUAGUCUAAUGCUUAUUAUGUAAAAGCUCAAAAAAAUACAUUUAACAAUUCUCUCUUUUGGUUUGUUUUAAGUUUGAUAACAUGAUGAUAAUUGCAAACACGAUAAUAAGUUCACAUUUUUGUAAUGUUUGAAAAGUAUUAAUAUUUCGCUUAUACUGUUUAGGAUUAAAUUUAAAAGCGUGUAACCUAGCGCUGAAAACGAUAUAAAACGAUUUACAUAAAGUUAUAAAAGGAGUAUCGUAUCACAAUUGUAACAAAAAAUUUGUCCUUGCAAAGGAUCUUUUGUGAAAACUAUACAUAGAAAUUAUAAACUGUUUUUAUCCAUAUUAAAAUCAUUUAAUUAAAAUCACGAAAAAGUGACAAAAUUUGUAUGAAAUUUGAAUAUUAAAGGAUAACCCGUUUACGCUAUUAAUUUAAAACAUAGCUAUAAUCCUCUCUGAGGGACAAUAUAAAAUGAUUUAUUUAAAUCCAAAAAGGAGCGGUUGCAUUUUGCAUUUGUUAAUAAUGAAUCCAUAUAUAGUGCGCAAAUAAAAGUUUUCAAAUUAAA